GGCGGAGCGGUCCAGCGGACGACGAUGUUUUCCAGAGUGCUAGUCUUUGUGUUGUACUGCGUGGUGUGUAUCGCCUCCGAGCGGCAGCACGUCUGUAUACAUGGUCAACGGGAGGAGGAGUUGACUCUAGGUGUGAGACUGUCACCAGAGUCCGACCAUGCUGCAAAGAGAGAGGCUACGGAUCCCCGGCCGAUCAGAUUCCGCCCGUACUUCGACGACACCGUCACUUCCAACUCAGAUUCAAACCAGAGAGAAAUGAUCCAGGAAGUUGUACCAGCAGUCCUUAGUUUCUUCUCAACAGUGGUGUCUGUCCCUCCAACCCCAAGCCCUGUACUGCUGGACAGGUCUUGUUCAGGAGGUGGUUACUACGUACCGGAGGGAGGGAGCACCGUGCGGAGGUGCGUGGACCAGUGUGUUAGCACAACGUGUGGUGGUAUAGUCACCAUCCCCGACGACCACCUCAAGCGGUGUGUACAGUGCAACAAUACAAGUCCACAGUCGCUGCAGUGUUCACCCGGUGUCCCAUCCACGGAUGGGGCAGGAGUGGCCGACACAGAUUACAUCCUCUACAUAUCAGCUCUUCCCUGUGUCGAGGGUCCAACUCUGGCCUUUGCCGCUGCCUGCCAAAUGGAGAGCCAGCUGGACCGGCCCAUCGCUGGUUACAUCAACUUCUGCCCCAACAAUCUCGGGGAAACGACCAGGGACUACCUCUUUCAGGUCGCCAAGCACGAGCUGUUCCAUGCCCUGGGAUUUUCUUAUUCACUAAUGGCCCUUUGGAGAGAUAGCUCCGGGGAUCGGCGCACACCAAGUGAUCAGCAAAUUCCCAACACUGUCACCACUGUGAACUAUGCCACCUGGGACACAUUCUCUGGACCCAAGGAGCACACUGUCACUGUUCUUAGGACCGAGGCUGUCCUGAGGGAGGGCAGGGGCUCACUUUGGCUGCAGUGAUCUGGAAGGAGUGGAGCUAGAGAACCAGGGAGGCAAUGGUACAGCUCUCCAGCACUGGGAGAAGAGAGUCCUCGGGAACGAAGCCAUGACAGGGAUCUUUGACUACAACCCAGUGUUCUCCCGGCUGAGUCUGGCCGUCCUGGAGGAUAGUGGCUGGUACACUGUGGACUACACUGCUGCCAAGGACCUUCCCUGGGGCCGUGGGAGAGGCUGUGACUUCGUUCGCAGAGGAUGUGGAGAUAUGCUAGAUGAGAAGCCAUACUGUGGCAUGGAUAUAGGGGACAAGACAUUUGGCUGUACUCUGGACAGAGGCUCUGUAGCCAUCUGCAGUCUAGGGACACUAGAUGAGGAUGUCCCUGCUGAUUUCAGGUAUCUUCCUGACGAUGUGGGUGGAUCUCUGGAAAUCGCUGAUUACUGCCCAUAUUUCAGGGGAAUCACGAGACAAUCGGGCAGGACUGGCAACUGUACCAACUCGAUGAACCAACCUGAUGACUCCACCAGUAGGUAUCCGGGAGAGGAUGUGUUUGGAGAGACGUAUGGAGGAGACUCUGUGUGUCUGGAGCAGGGCAGAGGCUGGCAGAAGAUCACUGACAACAGUGGCAGGAAAUCCACCCUCUCUGUCGGGACGUAUGGCGGAGGAUGCUAUGAGACGGAGUGUUCGGCUGAUGAUGGACUGACGGUGUAUGUACGUGGGGCUCCAUUCCAGUGCGAAUGUGAAGGACAAGAGUUGGUGGUGGAUGUCACAAUCUGUCAGACCACCUACCGAGGCUCCAUCAUCUGUCCCUCCUGUUCCUCUGUCUGUGGUGCCAACCUCUGCCCUUCAACUGAACCACCAUCAUGUCCAGGCAAUGUCAAAGAAUUUGAACCAGUGACAGUUGCAACUGACUGUACAACUACAGCUGCGACUACUACAGCAGGAUCCACUGGCCAAGGGGUUCUCCCAAUACUUUCCAUACUACUGCUAGGACUAGUUGGAGUGAUUAUGAAAUAGACACCAGUGAUACAUGUACAUAUAUGCACAUUCUAGAACACUAUUAUUUAUCUGAGUGUCUCAGUCACCUAUAAUCUAUUCACGUUGAGUAGUCCACUGGAUGUUUGCGCGC